ACACCUGAAUCUUCGCGAAGAAGCAGGAGACCGUAAAGAUGGCGGAGCGGGGUGAUUACGGAACAGAGACACUGAACUUGAGUUGUCUUUAAAGGCCGUUGUUGUUUUUCUAUCGGUGAGUGUCGGUGUGUGACCGGGGAGGAUGGCCCACCGCUACCUGCGGCUGUCCGCGGGCUGCAGGAGCAUGUUCCGACUGCUGCUGCCCUCCAACGCGCCGGCCAGGCUGGUGACGUGUUCUUCCACGGCAGGACAGGUGGGGAAUGGGCGGAGCCUGCUGACAGAGCUGCUGGGAGUCUACAGGAGGCUGAGCUCCUCCAGACCUCCGAAAGGUUUUGAGAAAUAUUUUCCAGACGCCCAGAAAGCUGCAAAAAACUCUGAAGCUGAAGCUGCAACCAAAGAGACCAAACCUGCCAAUGCUCAGAGAGCCUCUGGGAGGUCAGGAGGAGGAACAGGAGGAACAGGCGGAACAGGAGGAACAGGCGGAACAGGCGGAACAGGCGGAGGAGGGAAGAGAGGAGGUCGUAAGGAGGAUUCGCACUGGUACAGCCGUCUGCAGAAGGGAGACAUCCCCUGGGACGAUAAAGAGUUUCGGGUGUUCUUCCUGGGCGGAACGGCAUUCUGGAUCACCAUGACUUAUUAUCUCUUCCUGAGGGAUGGAGAACAAGAGGUCACCUGGAAGGAUUUUGUCAACAACCAUUUGUCCAAAGGAGUGGUGGAUCGGCUGGAGGUGGUGAACAAACGUUACGUCAAAGUGGUUUUUUCUCCGGGGAAGGUGCCGGUGGAUGGACAGUACAUCUGGUUCAACAUCGGCAGCGUGGACACGUUCGAGAGGAACCUGGAGACAGCUCAGUACGAGCUCGGCAUCGAGGGGGAGAACAGGGUGCCAGUGGUUUACUCCACGGAGAGCGAUGGAACCUUCCUGCUGAGCAUGCUUCCCACGGUGCUCAUCAUCGGCUUCCUGCUGUUCAUGCUGCGGCGGGGGCCGGCGGGGGCAGGGCGUCCCGGCCGGGGGAUGGGGGGCCUGUUCAGCGUCAGCGAGACGACGGCAAAGAUCCUGAAGGAUGAGAUCGAUGUGAAGUUUAAAGACGUGGCGGGCUGCGAGGAGGCGAAGCUCGAGAUCAUGGAGUUCGUCAACUUCCUGAAGAACCCCAAACAGUACCAGGACCUGGGAGCCAAGAUCCCCAAGGGAGCCAUCCUGACUGGUCCUCCAGGAACAGGAAAAACUCUCCUGGCCAAAGCAACAGCCGGUGAAGCCAACGUGCCUUUCAUCACCGUUAACGGUUCUGAAUUCCUGGAGAUGUUUGUGGGCGUCGGUCCGGCCAGAGUGAGAGAUCUGUUCGUUAUGGCAAGGAAGAAUGCUCCCUGCAUCCUUUUCAUUGACGAGAUUGAUGCUGUGGGACGAAAACGAGGACGAGGAAACUUUGGAGGACAGAGCGAGCAGGAGAACACGCUGAACCAGCUGCUGGUAGAGAUGGAUGGUUUCAAUACGGCGACCAACGUUGUGGUUCUGGCAGGAACCAACAGACCAGACAUCCUGGACCCAGCUCUGAUGAGACCCGGGCGCUUCGACAGACAGAUCUACAUCGGUCCUCCUGAUAUCAAAGGUCGAGCGUCCAUCUUUAAAGUUCACCUACGUCCUCUGAAGCUGGAGGCCAACAUGGACAAAGACGCUCUGGCCAAGAAGAUGGCUGCCCUCACACCUGGAUUCUCAGGCGCAGACAUCGCCAACGUCUGUAAUGAGGCGGCUCUGAUCGCUGCUCGCCACCUGUCAGACGCCAUCAACCAGAAACACUUCGAACAGGCCAUCGAGAGGGUCAUUGGAGGUCUGGAGAAGAAGACUCAGGUCCUGCAGCCAGAGGAGAAGAAGACGGUAGCGUAUCAUGAAGCCGGUCAUGCUGUCGCUGGGUGGUUUUUGGAGCACGCUGACCCUCUGCUAAAGGUGUCCAUCAUCCCCAGAGGGAAGGGUCUGGGUUACGCUCAGUACCUGCCCAAAGAGCAGUACCUGUACACCAAAGAGCAGCUGCUGGACCGGAUGUGUAUGACUCUGGGAGGACGAGUCUCCGAGGAGAUCUUCUUUGGACGGAUCACCACCGGAGCUCAGGAUGACCUCCGAAAGGUCACUCAGAGCGCCUACGCUCAGAUUGUUCAGUUCGGGAUGAAUCCGAAGGUGGGUCAGGUUUCCUUCGACCUCCCCCGGCAGGGUGAGAUGGUUCUAGAGAAACCAUACAGUGAAGCCACGGCUCGUCUGAUCGACACUGAGGUCAGAAUCCUCAUCAGCGAGGCGUACCAGAGAACCCACCAACUACUGAAUGACAAGAAAGCAGAGGUUGAGAAGGUGGCGCUGCGGCUGCUAGAGAAGGAGGUUCUGGAUAAGAGUGACAUGGUGGAGCUGCUUGGAAAACGUCCGUUUGCAGAGAAGUCGACGUAUGAAGAGUUUGUGGAGGGAACUGGAGGUGAGGACGAGGACACAACGCUGCCGGAGGGUCUGAAAGACUGGAACCAGGAGAGGAGGGACAAGGAGGAGAGCCAGGACGAGCAGGUGGCCCGGCAGAUCUCUGGGGGAAUGCCUUUCUAGAACCCUCUGAUCCAUGUCUGGGUUCUACCACCACCACAAACACUGAACCAUCACUCUCACGUAUAAAACAUUGUCUAUCUGGAUUUCACAGUCAUUUAUGAGGUCGAGAACCUCUCCCCACUGACUCACAGAAUAAACAUUAAGCUCCACAAAUACUCACAGAACCUUUUCUCUGGAGUUAUCACCCAAACAUUCAACAUAUAAAGUUCCUGAAGGUUCUGGUGGAUAUCAGGGUUCUACCACCAACCUAAACUAUGACCUGACCUUCUCAGUGUUCAGAUACUUUAUUUAUGUGAAGUUCUGCUGUCACCUUGUCUGGAUCUGUGAGGUCUAGAAUCCUCUCACUGACUUCCAGAAUAAUAAACAUCAAGUAUUCAAUGAGAACCUGUUGUUUGACGUUCUGCACCCUGUAAACCUCUGAUGUUCUACCACCAACCCAGAUUAUCACUCAGUCUACAGUCACCUCCAGCUGUGGCUCUGUAAUCUACGUCUUUAACAACAGUUCCUUGUGAACUAGACCCAGCUCUGACUUAAAGUCACCUCCUCUCUUGCUCAUUGACUCCUACACCUCUGCACUCACUCCUAGAACUGUCUCUGGAGUUCUACACCCACUAUCUUGAACCACCAAACCUCCUCAUCGCUUGAAAACCUUCACCUUAGUUCUGACCAUAUGGAACCACUGCACUGAGUUCUGCAUGCAGGAUGUUUUCGACAGGAAUGUUCUGUGUUCCAUCAGUCUAGAGCAGCCACUCCAACACUGGGUUCUACACUCACAUUCGUACAUGUUCCUCUAGAUUAUUCUUGAGCUCUGGAAUAUUUCCAUACACAGAACUAUUCUCUGUUCUAGAAGCUCCGACACAACCUGCUGUAGAACCUGUAGAACUGAUCUCUGUCUCCUAGAACUUUCCCAGACCUGUGCUGGGUUAGGGUUACUGUCUAGAACUUAGCGGUUCUAGAUGUGUUCUCUACAUUGAGAUCAGUCUUCAGAUUAAUUACAGCACACCCACACUUCUAGCAUGUUCUCCAGCUGUGGCUCUGUAAUCUACGUCUUUAACGACAGUUCCUCGUGAACUAGAACCAGCUCUGACUUAAAGGACUCUGUUACUGAGUUCUACGAAUUUUCUUUUAUUUGUUAUUUGCAUAGGUAGUAGAAUCCUCUCUGCUGGAGAAACCUUGUCCCAUUGAAAAGGGUCUAGAACAAUGAAAUCAUCCCCACAUACUCCUGAUGUGAAAACGUGGUUCUAGAUCAGUCACAGAACGUGUGCUUUUAUUUUGGUUCUUCUAAAAUCUCUGCCACCUAUUUUCACAAAAAACUUUGAAAGUUCUCUAAAGUAAAACAUUAAAACUUUAUAGAUAAGUCACAACAAGUACGUGAUUUUAAUGUUCUGCAGUCUGCAACCAACAAAUCUUCUCUUGUAAACCAGAACCAACAGUCGAACCCUCGGAAAUCUGUUGGAUAUAAUUGGUGACCUUUGCUCCAAAGCAGGUUCUAGGUCAGUCACACCAAACAAACAUUUAGAAACUGAAACACAAAGUGAGUUUUGGAACAUUUGUCUUCAGAGAACCUCCCUCUGUUCUUGCUUGAUUUCAUGUUCAACAUCAAACAUCAGAGAGGUUUAAUUCACCUCUGACCUGUAGAACUGUUCCACUGUUUCUGUAAAUGUAGAACUCCUGGUGCAGAUUCUCCAUCCGGACUCAGGAUCUGGUUCCCUCUCUGGACGAACUGUUUGACCAUGUUCUCCAGUCCCAGCAGACGAGUUCCAGUUGAUCCUUGAAGAACAAAGAACCAGAAACUGAGGUUUUCAGUGUGGACUCUCAGAGGAACCUCCUGCUGCAGCAGAGAGGUUCUGCUGUUUGAAAAAAGUUGAUGAUAAACUUAUUUAAAAUACUAAAAUGACUCUGUAUCAGCUUUACUUAUUUAUCGAUCGUUAUUGAUCCUGAAGAUAUUGAUGAGAUUCUUUUUGAUUAUUGAUCAGAGUUGAAUGAGAUGAAUCUUCUGGAGACUCUAUGGUUCCCUCAGCGAAAACACUUUUUUCAUCAUCAUCAAGCUUUGAUUCUGUGAGAGCAGAGCUGCAGUCUGUGCUGAUCAGAUAUUGGUUAGUUAUUGAUCACCUUUUACUACCAUGCUGUGUGCUGUGUGCAGCUGAGUGUCUGUGACAUGAUGUGAAAUAUUAACAUGUAAAUGUUCAGAUGUUUUAUUAAAGUCGGAAAAACUUUAAUAAUCAAUAAUCUAUCAAUCAUUAAAAACUUGAAAACA